UGGAACAGCGGGCACCGAGUCGUCUGGCAAGACAGUGGGCUCCGAGUCAACAGGCACGACAGUGGGCACCGGGUCAUCAGGUAUCGGAUUGUCUGGCUCGACAGCGGGCAUCGGGUCACCAGGUAUGACAGCGGGCACUGGGUCACCAGGCAUCAGGUCAUUUGGCUUGCCAGCGGGCACCGCGUCAUCUGGCAAGGCAGUGGGCACCGGGUCACCAGGUACCGGAUCAUCUGGAUCAACAGCGGGCAUCGAGUCAACUGGCCUAAUAGGAUCGUCGGGCUGGAUCAGUUCAUCAUGCUGAGUAGCGGCAUCAGGCUGAAGAGAGGCAUCCGGCUGAAGAGAGGCAUCCGGCUGAAGAGAGGCAUCAGGCUGAAGAGAGGCAUCAGGCUGAGUAGAGGCAUCAGGCCGAGGAGAGGCAUCAGGCCGAGGAGAGGCUUCAGGCUUCAGGCCGAGUAGAGGCUUCAGGCUGAGUCACGGAAGGCAGGUUCACCGGUUUGGAUACUGGCAGGAUGGUAUUGGUUGGAAAG